UACUGUGUCUUUGCGGUGGGUAAAGAAGUGAUUUUUUCGCAAAGUUAUACCCCACACGUUGCGAAGACUAUCGUAUUGCAAUUUUGCGUCUGUUCUCAAUACUGAUAACAUGCAGUGCUGUGUUCACAAUGUUCGGUAGUUUUAAGGUUCCUAAGCUAACGCAAAAGCAAAAUAAUAAACCUGAUUUACCAAAAUUUGAGUGGGCGAAGGUAAUAAAACAGAAAAAGCUUGGAUCUGGUAGUUUUGGUUCGGUGCAUCUGGCAAAAUAUGUCCAAAACGCUACCAGUCAACGGGAUGUCGUUGUCAAAAAAUUGAAAAAUGUAUCUCUUGAUUCCAAGACUCGAUUUGUGAAAGAAGCAACGAUUUUGAAUAAUGUUAAAGGACACAGAAACAACAGAAUUUUUGGGACUGUGCACCGAACCAUACGCAAUAAUGAUGCAGUAUUCCUGUUUCAACUUUGCCAUAUUUGGAGCUGAUAGUAGCGUCAGUUCCCUUGCAGAUUUUCUUCAGUUUGUGGACACUGAAUAUAAUUUUUUAUCAUUUUCUGAAGUUUUGCCAGUAUGCGUGAAAGAUAUCGUUACUGGUCUGGACUAUCUUCACAGCCAUAAUGUAGCGCAUCGUGAUUUAAAACCUGGAAACAUUUUGGUCUGUAAUCAACACUUGCCUAAUAGCAGUGAUGAUACUGUUCUUGGUAAAGCUUAUCAAGCUUGUCCGAUUGUCUGCCGUUUAAGUGACUUUGGUCUUAGUCGGAGUGUCGACGUACAAACCAAGUCAGUUCUAACAUCGAAAACAACGUCUAUCAGUUGUGGUAUGCCUGUGUACAUGGCUCCAGAGAUUCAUUUGAAUCAACUUGUCAUGGCUGGACAAGAAGACCUCAGGCGGGCGGAUAUGUGGUCACUCGGUCUUGUAAUGCAUGCCAUGCUUAAUCCGGAUCUCUGUAGCCCGUAUAGAACUGAAUUGAUGCAGACUGCUUCUGUUGACCCCCAAGUGGAGCUUAGAAAUAUUAUGGCGAAACGGCAACUGCCACAACACUCUUCAAAAUAUGAACAGUUGCGAAUUUCAACAUAA